AUGUUAGUCCGAGGGCUCAAGCGACUUUUCCUCCCCGUAGCGUCCUUUCUGCUGCUCGCCUUCGUUGUCGCCACCUACUUUGGCAGCUCAAACUCCUCCAGAUGGUCACUCCGCGACCAGCUGGGCCCGCGGCCCUUCGAUCGAGAUGAUAGCGCUGGCGGACGAGACGUGUCGACGACUCACCAUGAGGUCUUCUCCCUGUCGAGGCCGGACAGGAAGUACUUUCGCCUCAAGUUCGGCGAGCUCGAGGCGAUAAAUCCCAGCAUCAUUCCCCAUCCAUCGUUAAACGACACAUGGAUCAUCUCUGCGCAGCAUAUGAGUCGAGGCGCUGUCAAGGACACCGUCUGGUUCGCUGAGCUGGUGUGUAACGCCGUGUUCAAGAACGAGAGGCUGGAGUGCAUCAGCCCGCCGAUGAAUAUGCCCAUCGCGGCAACGGUGGGAGACCGUACCAAAUGUACGGACGAACUGGCCUUCUUUGCUCUCAACAUCGGUCCUCACGAUGCGCGAGUCUUCUACGGCCCAAGAUUCCCGCUUACCAUCUACGGAUCGAACUCGAUGUUCACCUGCUUUGGGCAGUGGGUGCAGGAUUUCCGGAUGUUGAUGGACUGGGGAUACGAGCACUUCUUCCAGAACGAGUUCAGGGUGCCUACCGAGAUCCAGCGGCCGACCGCCUACGGCGCCAUCGAGAAGAACUGGUUCAUCUUCUGGGACAAGGAUGGCCAGAUGUACGCCCACUACGACGUUGCGCCCAAACGUGUGUUCGCCAAACUAGAGUAUAAUGGCGCUGUAGGACCAGAUCUCGCUCCGUUGGUCGCAGCCCAGGACGGCAGAUGUAUGCAGCGGUACAUGCCCUCUAUCGGACCGGAGCUGGAAUCCAUCCACCAGGCUACAAACUCCCUUGCGGUCACACUCUGUAACCGAUCGGAUACAAACUGCAAACCAAACGAUGAAAACACGUUCGUACUCACCAUCUUCCAGCACAAGAGCUUCUAUUCCUUCCACAGCGUGUACGAGCCGUACGCCAUGCUCUUUCGACAAAAGGCUCCCUUCGGCCUAUACGGCAUAUCCUCGAAACCAAUCUGGAUACACGGACGCGGCAAGGAAGGCCAAGGUAAAAAGCCUCCUGGCCUGACUCCGGAAGAGAUAAGGGUGUGGAAUCAAACGGAGAUGUUCUACAUCACCGCCAUAAGCUGGAAGACGCACGGCCAGAAGUAUCAUGGAUACAUUGACGACGUGUUAUUUAUUUCCUUUGGGAUAGAAGACGGAGAUACUGGAGGCAUUGAUGUCCGAGCCAGUGACUUACUGGAAGGUUUGGGACGAUGUUCCAUUGCAUGA